UAGGAACAAAUUUCUACUAUGGAAUCUGAUCAUAAACAUACAAUAUCAAUAUCACAAAAUGAUUUAGAAAUUUCUCGACAAGAAAUUCAACAAUUAAAAAUUCAUAUUGAAUUAUUACAACAAACAAAUAUUGAUAAUAAGGAAAAUUCAACAUCAAAUCCUGAAUCAUCACAUAUCGGUAUAAAUAAUCAUUGUAAUAGAGAUGAUACCCUUGCAUGCAGUACUGAUGAACGUCAACAAGGAGAAAAGCCUGAAUCGACUAAUAUUGAUCAUCAAUCGUCAAAUAUUACUAUGAAAAUAUCUGAUAAUGUUCUACAUGAUAUUAAUAGUAGUAGUACUAUUGAAAAUAAUACUACUACUAAUACUCAAUCGUCAUUAAAUGAUAAAUCACGUGAUAAUAUAUAUGAAUAUAUUCAAUUAGAACGACAACAUUCAGAAGAUGAAUUAAAUAAAACAAAAUUAAUUUUAUUUGAUACAAAAGAACUUUUACAAGAAUCUGAAUUAAAUAAUAUACGUUUAAAUGAACAAAUUAAAUUACUUAAAGAUGAAAUACGACGUCUUGAACGUAAUAUGGAUCGUGCUGAAUCAAUAUCAAAUUUAGAAUAUUUAAAAAAUAUUAUUUUAAAAUUUUUUAUUUUAAAAUCUACACAUGAACGUUUACAAUUAAUACCUGUACUUGUUACAAUGCUUAAAUUAAGUCCAGAUGAACAAGCACAACUUGUUCGUGUUGCAAAUUUAUCAACAAUAAUAACAAUCGAUGAAAAUUCAACAAAUAAUGAAUCAUUGAAUCGACAUAUGACUAAUGAUGUUAAUUCAUCUUCUUGGAGUUCUUAUUUAAAUAUUUGGUGA